GACAUGGAAUCUGACAAUGAAGAAGGGGGUCCAGAACUAUCAAAGAAAGAGACAAAACUGAUUCAGCAAGUUAUAUCAGAGCUCUCAGAUGAGCCUGGUACAAUUACCAACGGUGAACAGCUAUUUUCUAUAUUUACUAGAUAUCAGGUUCAACCCGAAAAGCAGCUCAAGAUGAUGUAUGCUGUUGCAUUUGAGUUGAGUGAAUUAUCUGAGAAAUGUGAAGGAGAGAUGUCACAACAUUAUCUGCGCCUGUCUACACUUGCUACUGUUGCUGUUCAAGAAAAAUUUGGUCAAGUCAAGCAACAGGAUUCGUCCUCGAGGAGGGGAAGACAAGCAAAAGAUAAUGCUAAGAUCAAUAUGACAUCCUAUUUUGACCUGGAGACGACAUUGUUGAAUGAAUCUAGUGAUGAGGAUACUUCGAAGAAAAAGAAGAAACGAAAAAAGGAGGAUAAAGUCGAAUGGUCGGAUUCUGAACUUAAGGAAACUGAGCCUGCGCCAAGAUCACCUAAGCACGUGGAGGCAGUAAAGGAUUCCGAUGAGGAGGAGGAGGAGACAAAGCCUGCACUAAAGUCUAAGCUGAGUACGUUCCAAGGGUCACGAAUCAGUCAACGAAAGAGGAUGAUCGAUGUGGUUUGUAUCGAUUCUAGCUCCGACGAAGAACCGAAAAGUGCCUCAAAAGAAAAACCAGCAGCAAGCCCUAAAGUAAAGAGCAAGUCGACUGCACCUUUAAAGCCGAAACUAAAAGAAGCAACAAAAGCUGUGACAAAGAAGAUUAAGAAGCCUGCUUUACAAACUAGACCAAAAGCACCGCCAUCAGUAGCAGUAAAUGGGAUCAAGAGACUACUGAGCGCUAGCGACAAGAGUGUAGCUGAAAAACCGACCAUCCCUCCUAAAGUUGACAAGAUUGUCGCAGAUUCAAAUGCUGAAGAACCUGCUCCCGUUACAGAGAAAGAAAAAACGGCAGUAAAACCGGUUGGUGUUGUAAAAGCAACGCCACGUAAAGUACCAGCUGAUACGCAGCGGUCGAUUAACAAUGUUAUUAAACUUGACGAGGCGCUGAUACUUAACUUUAAGAAAGGGCACUACCCCACCUUCCAAACCUCUUACACUCACUUGGUGGUGUCACAGAAACCCAACAAUGAGCUCUACACUGACACUGCUCCACAAGUCUCCACCAUACUCGCUAUGGACGGCCAGGUGGUUUCUUCUGACGAUCUGAAGAAGUAUUCGUUAAAACAGUUCGUCCACAACGACUCUGGUCAGUUUCUUGUUGGAGAAUUUGAAGAUAACUUAUACCUUCUCGUUGCAGGUGUGAUCAACAAAAACAAAGAAAAGACUUGAAUUGGAGUGUUAACAUGUAAUGGUUACCCAAGUACAUACCAAGACGAAGUUUUGAACCAAUGUCGCAGCAUUAUAGAAGUUUUGACUGUUGAACUUGAAGAAUUACUUUACAGAAUUGUUAAGGGUCGUGGAUAAGAAUAGCGUUUUUGAUAACCAAGUUUUAGUUUUAACUUAUUGUUAAGGUUUUAUUUCAGAUUAACACAGCGUACUUAUUUUUAUGUUGAUUUUUAAGAUAUAUGGUUUGAGUUAUAAGAUUUAAACAAUCAUUUUGAUAUAUCUAUUUUUAUUAAAUAAUUAUCUUUUAACUACAUGAUUUACUGCAGAUUUACUGCAGAUUUACUGCAGCUGUAUCAUAUACUUUUAAUAAUUGUUUUGCUGUCGUACACUGUAUGUAGCCAUAUCUAGAGUUUUUAUCCUCAG